UGGUCGGCCUGUCAUCAGCGGCAGCGGUCAGCGACAGCACAGCUGUGGUAAGCAACAGCGGCAGCAACAACAGCGGCAGCAGCAGUCAGCGGCAGCGACAACAGCGGCAGCAGCAGUCAGCGACAGCAGCGGCAGAGCCAGUGGCAGCGGCAGUGACAGCAGUUGGUCAGCACUUACGCCUUAUAAGUCAGUGUCAGCGGCAGCGGCAGCGGCAGCGCCAGCGUAGGUGGCUCGGCGCGGAACAGCAGCAAAGUCACAAGAUCCGUAGACAGAGCGCCAUGGCCCGACCUUGUAUGAAUAUUGGACCCAGGAACCAUAUGGGGCUGUUGACGGCGAUCAUUUUAUAUAUCUGUCUGCUGAGUCGGGUGCUUGGAGCCCCCGAUGAUGUAGAGGAGGAGGUAAAAGACGCCUCCGCUCAAAACGAAAUGGUUAGGAAGGAGGCUAGAAAAUGGCGACAAACUUCAACUGCACUCAACGACCUUUUACUCUAUGGGUACAACGCCAGACUGCUGUUGAACGCCACACUCGCUCAUCUGGAUACAUACGCUGCGGAUCGGGUACUGACCGGACCUGUGCCACCCUGUAUGACCGGACCCUGUCGACCCCCUGGCCGACAUGACCCGACCGUCUUCGCCGAUCGACAUGAGGUCACAUUCGCAACGACUAACGAUAAAUACGCUGAGCUUUGUCCGUCCCGAAGCGGAGAUUUCCGCCACCCCACGGACCGUCAGAAGUUCUACCGAUGCAACGAGUUUUAUUACACAUUAGAAGACUGCGGGGACGGCUUUUACUUUGACUCCACCAGACGCUUCUGUUUGCCUUACGCGAAAGCUGCGACAUCGGUGGAACGGGAUAUGGAAGCGCUACUGCCCAAGGAAGAAACUGACACAAGCACAAAUGGAUCUGUAACUACAAUGCACGGAACAGCCGGCUGGCUGUGUGCCGAAGACCGCCUGCCUGCCGGCCGCCAGUGGGACCUCAGCAGGGCCGGGGUGUCCGGCUGCUGGGCUGAGGCCCUCCGGCGGCGGGCCCGCCACCUGGCGGUGGGCCUCUCAGGCUGUCUGUACGGUGACCUGACCUCACUGGUCACCGGCGGACCCUGCUCCAAUCGGUCACUGCAUGUCAUCGAUGUCCAGCAGCAUCAGAAGCAGAUCAGCAAACUGCGGCCAGGGGCGAAACUGUGGAUAACAGGCAGCGAUCUGGAUGGCAUACAGUGGGUGCCAGUAAACCUCAAUGGUCCCGCCACGCUCCGCACCUGCACAGAGGCGUGUGUGGAGCAGGGAGCCGGAUUCAGCAGAGUUGAUCACCAGGGAUGUCGAUGCGGCCUGUCGUCUGGACCUACCUCGAUCACCACCGCCCUGCCGGUAUGGAGGGACGCCCUCCCGGCCGCUGUGACCCCUGCAAUCAUCCUGAGCCUGUGGCUGCGCCUGCCGAGGGGCGCCAGCUGCAGCCCUGGGGCAGCCUCCGUCGCAGAGGACCCAACAGCCGUCCAGGGGACGAUCGACUUCUGCGAGAGCCGCCGGAGGAAAAACUACACCACUGGCGGCCCUCUGUUCCACUGUUCGGCCGAGAGCAUGACCCGUUUGGGUCACGCGCGUCGCUCACAGUGUGAGAUGAAGCCAAAAUCUGUCACAAGGAGCCAGACCGUCGACGGGUUUCGACUGACCAGCCAGAGACGCGUAACCGUUCCAAGGACCAGCCGCGCCAAGGAUUUCAAGUUAUUUUGGGUUCAAGAAAGACCCAAAAACAUCAACUGGACUACCUCUGGAUAUUUCCUCACCAUAGACGAAUGUUUGAGAAACUGUUCUCAGCAGAUUACGCUGAUUGGGAAAAGCAGUUGUUUGUGCGGUAGCCUGCCUGACAGGAAUUCUUCCUGGAACGCUCUGGAAUGGAUGGCGGGUCAGAAGAACCUGACGCUCUCCAGGGGACAGGGCUUCCUGCUUCACGACAAGGGCGCGCUCAACAAUGUCCCGGAAGGAUGGAUGUGCUCAACAAAACCAGAAAGCUGGAUAAGGCAUCCAUCAACAUCAGAGUUGGCCAGCUGCAUCACUAUCUGCAAUGACACAGAAAACAGCUUCGCAGCAUUUGGAAAGUCGGGGUGUUUCUGCGGUAACAGUACCGAAGCCUCGUCGAGGCCGCAACUUCUUCCUAUAGAGAGUUGUCAAGAACCGCUGGCUUCAAUCGAGGCUUACAUAAUUCUGUCAGUUGAUAUCUGGAUGAGAAACAUUCGUUCUCUGCAGUCCCGAGAUGGAUACAGUGCCAGCCUGGUGUCUGCACCGCCUGCAGGUGUGGCAGUGGCGACCCGAGCCAGGCUGCACCACUCUGCUCGACUGUUUGGUCAUGUAAUGCACGCACUGGGGUCACUUUCAUCUUACUUGGCGU